AAGUCGGCGCUGCGAGAGGUGUUUGGUACCUCAGUAUCUGCAGCCGAGGUACAUCGAACUCUUAGGAACCGCAGGCUGCGUCCACGAGAAGAUCCUCGCGAAUACUUAUACGUUAUGAUGGAGAUCGGAAAAGCAAUACAACUAGACGGCUCUGGCUUAGUCGAAUAUUUUAUAGAGGGGAUACCCGACUCCAGAGAGCACAAGAGCAACCUGUACCAGGCCAAAAGCAUCAAGGAUUUGAAGGAGCAAGUCAAAGUCUACGAAAGAAUACGGAUCAAUAAGCCCUCUUCGUCGAACUCGAACCUGGGGUCGAAUCGUCACAGUCGUGAACGAGACGACAAUCGUACGAUCAAUAAUUUCGUCAUUCGAUCAUCGAAUGCACAUUAUCGGAUGAUUACAAUCGAAAGCUGACGAGUCGUAAUUGAAUGUUUGUUUAUCGAUUACUUUUAUCUUCUUCCUAUUGGGCAGUAACAAUAGACGUUGAAAUGUCAAAAUAAGUGAACCAAAAAUAAAAAAUAAACUGCAAAACAAGAUGGAUCCAAGUUUUUUGUUUUAUCUUAGCUCAAGCGACAGCGAAACGGAUGAAAAAAUUGUGCGCAAACAGUUGCGGGACAAAAGCGACCCGCUGGCUUUAUCAAAUAAUGCAUUCAUCAAGCGAUUUCGGCUUAACAAGGAAGCAUUCCAACAUGUCCUCAAAAAAAUUGAUUUUUUGAGCCAUGACACCAAAGCCGCUCCACCAGUCCUGCAAUUAGCUGCUAGUCUUUCUCUUCUUGGUAGUGGCAGCUACCAACACACGGUUGGAAGUGACUACUUAAUCGGAAUGUGCCAGAGUACAGUGUCCAAAUUAACUUCCCAUGUUCUUUUGGAAAUGGAGAAUAAGCUAUGCCCGGAAUUUAUAAAAUUUGAUGUGGACAACUCGCAAACAUGUAAGGAGUGGUUUAUGGAGAACUACAGAAUACCCGGAGUUAUCGGAUGUAUAGAUGGGACACACAUAGGUUUGCAGAAGCCAACCCAAAAUGAACAUAUGUACUUCAAUAGGAAGGGCUUCCAUAGUCUUAACGCUAUGAUAAUAAGUUUUUCAUACAAAAUAUUAAAUAUUUGUUAACUAAUACACAUUUAUUUGUAUGCAUACUUCCAAAGAUUUGUGACCACACAUACAAAAUUCUAGCAAUCAAUUGCCAAUAUGGAGGAGCAGCGCAUGAUUCGUUUGUGUGGAAAAACUCAAAUCAAAGGAGGGUUUUGGAAGAGCGAUUUCAACGGAAUAGGAAUGAGAAUUCGUGGCUACUUGGUUAUUAUUAUUAUUAUUAUUAUUAUUAUUAUAACAUCUCAUAUGUACAGUAAGACGCAGGGUCUUUUCGUUGUACGCAAAUUAAUAUAUAAAUUUCAAAACUUUUAACUUAAUCUUACAAGUACUAAAAUAAGUAUAAAAUACAAAAAUUAUAGGGUAAGAAAGUAAAAUAACAAAUUAGUUGAUGGGGUAAUAGGAUAGUAAACAUAGAUAAACAUAGAUGAGGGGAAUAGAGGGAGGAUAUUACACAUAUAGGUUUGUAACUGCCAUUUUGAAGCAACCAAUCGAUGUUAUGCAUUUAAUUGAAAUUGGUAGUGAGUUCCAAAUUCUUAUAGCACUAACAAAAAACAAUCUAGACGCCGUUAAAGUUUUGUACUUUGGGACAACAAUAUUGUGUGUACGAGAUGAUUUCACAAAAACUAAUUUCCGGAAAAGAUAACCAGGUUGACGGUUUCUAAUUAAUUUGAAUAGAUACACCAAAUUGCGGACUUUGAGGUAAUUAUCAAGGGUGAGCCCAAGAAUAUUUUUAGUAUACAAUGAUAUGUGGUCAAACUUCUUUUUAGAAUAAAUGAACCUAGCCACGUUAUUUAAAACUAGAUUUAAUUUAUUCUUAGAAUCGUAGCUUAGAUUGCCAUAGACCAGUUCAAAAUAGGAAAUAUGGGGAACGAUGAGGGACUUAACUAGUUUGAGUUUUGUGUUAAUCGGCAGACAAUAGCAUAUAUGCCAUAGAUUUCUUAACAUAAAAUAUAUUUUU